UUCAGUUAUGCUGCUAAUUUUGCUGGCAAUCUUCUCACAAAUCGUUGCGGGACAACAAAUGCCUGAUGAAGAACAGAUGACCCAGGAAUUUACUCACAGCAAAUCUGUGCGCGAAACCUACGAAGCAAAAGCCCGUACAGAAGUUGCUAAUGUGGUCAACAUCGCCGCCUCACCUCCGGAGAUCCAAUUUGAUACAUCACAUACAAACAUACAACUCAAACCAGAAGUAGCAAAUGUAAUUCCUCAAACUAUCAUACAGAGAAUCGACAAUGGAGCAACUGUACUUGUUGAAGAGCCUAGACCAGACAUAUAUCUGGUGUCUCAGCCUAUCAAUAGGAACUACAUGGGCUCAGCAGAUUCGACAGUGAAACUUGACAAGAAAAACAUGCUUGACGAGGCCGUGCGUGUAUCUGCGCCCAAGAAAAGCCAACCAACAAAAAAACCUCUGCCUAAGAAAACCACCAAAAGAACGACACAAAAGCCUGUGCAAAAGAAAACUACCAAGAGACCAGCACGGAUAUCUGUGCAUACGAAAAUCGUCAAGAAAUCAAAAAAGGUGUCUUAUCCUGCCGAAGUGAAGCUAAUAAAAAAUCUGAAAGUAAAGGUUAAAAGUAAAUCCAAGGUCAAGAUUCACGGCCGACAUCGUGUACGUGGGCAUGUGAAACACAAUAAAAAACCAGCUAAGAAUCCUGCGAAGGGCAAGGUGCCGUUAAACAUUCGAAUAGAAGAGCACACUAAGAUAGAUGUUCUAGAUGGGGCUAAAUCCCCCACACACUCGGUUUCUCAGCCUAUCAACGUAGGAAAUCCAGUGAGACCAGUGAAUGUGAAUGUGAACAUCGAUAUUAAGCCGAGAAGCAGACCACAUAUGCAUCCGCAUAGGGAGUCCAUGGGUCCAUAUAUAUCCCAUGCGAUACAUAACGGAAUGAGACAUACUGCAUAUAGACACAUGCAUUCGCAUAGAUUGAACAAAAGACCCAUGUAUAGCAGGAUGAGACACAUUGCCUUACGUAAGUAUACAAGUAGGCGCAAGUCUACAAGAUAUACAACUAGACGCAGGAUUACGCCCAGACCAAUCACUCGCAAGCCUACAAAUGCCGGCUUGAAAUACGAUGUUUGGUUGAAGUUUGGUGGAUGCGAAUAUAUGGUAAAAAUGAAUGCUAAGAAUUAUGACGCUGCGGAGGCGACUUGCCGAAGACACGGCGCUCAUUUGGUUUCCAUACACAGCGAAGCAGAAAAUAACUUCAUCCAUAAAAUCACAUCUACUGGCAGUCGUGUGACUUCGUUUGAAGAAUUCGUUUGGAUUGGUCUACGUAUUAAUUCAAAAAAUGAGUGGGAAUGGAUAGAUGGGAGCAUUUUGAAUUACAAGAAGUGGGCUAUAGAACAGCCGGAUCAUCCCGGAAGUGAGAAAUGCGGUCAGUUCCAUCAAGGUCCAGCAAGUCUGCAAUUUGUUCAAGACUAUUACUGGAAUAGUCUUGCAUGCGAAAGGCCCAUGAAAUAUUACGUGUGCAAGAAAUGCAAGGCAUUACACCAUCAUCAAAAGAACAUGGCACAUCAUCAUCACAGAUGCCACUGCUGCUGCUCGUGUCACGUGCAUUGUGGAGACCCGUGCUGUAAAAACAAAUGUAACAAAGCACAUAAACACGAACGUAAACCUGCUCCUGCGACUCCAGCGCAGCCAAACAAGCCACCACAUCAAGUAGCGGUGUUUCCUGGACAAGCGGAGUAAGAUCAGACUUUGGAAAUUGUAUCAAUCAGAGCUCUCUGGAAGAUUUCCAUACAAAUUUGUUGAGAUAGCAGCAUUCUUCCAUAAAGCUUUGGAAAAU